AUGAAUUCUCCGCCCUCCAUCGCCGCCAAUGUCCCAUCCACACAACAAAAGGAACUCAUCUCUCGUCUUCUGGCCGUUAUGCCUUGCCCCAACGGCCCUCCUUACACAUCCAGUCUUCAGAUUUCGCGCGAUGAUCUGUACCCCGUCCCGGGCCGUAACGAUGUUUGCAUCCGUAUCCGCGCCGUCGGUCUGAACCAUAUCGACUGGAAGAACUUGGAGCAUGAAACCAUGGUCAAGAAAUGGCCAGAAGUCCUGGGAUUUGAAAUUGCAGGUGUUGUUGAGUUAGUGGGAAUGAAUGUGCAGGAGAAUGAGCUAAGAGUUGGUCAGGCAGUGUUUGGGCUGAGCGGGCCGGUCGGCAUGAGGAGAGGACCACCUGAGAAGGAGGGACCUGAGGAACAUGGACCUGGUGAAAAAGGUGAUGAUGGGAUAAGUGGUGCAGGCGAAAUGGAGGCGAGUAAAAACCUUGCUAAAGUGAUGGUGGAAGAGGUCCUGAAGGCAGACAGGAAACUGGAGAAGAAAGGGUUUUGGCUUGGAAGAUCUGGUGGCUUCCAGGAUGUGACGUGUGUGCACAAGAGUUGGGCUACCAGGAUGCCGGCAAGUUGGCCUUUUCAGUGGGCAGCUGGUGUCCCACUUGCUUACAUGACGGCUUGCUCAGCGGUUGUCUGUGGGCUGGGUAUUCGGCUGCCUUUCCUGGCGAACAGCGAGCCUGCCCACCAAGGCAGCGCAUCGCUCUUGAAUCUUGAGUCUCCGACAAUUGAUACGACUUCACCCAAGGAUCCCAGCGCGGAUAAACUGAAGGACUACCAUGCAAACGAAUCCGGCGUCAAAUCCGUUCUUGUCCUAGGCGGUUCCUCAGGAGUUGGCAGUUCUGCCAUUCAGCUCCUGCGCAUGGCGCUAGGCCCCAAGGCUGUCAUCAUCGCUGCCACCAACAGCGAGAAGUACUACCGUGGACUCCGUGAGCGCGGAGCCACUGCCCAUUUGCGUGGCGAGUUCGAAGGUCUUAUCGAGAAGGUCCAUUGCCUCACUGAAGGAAAGGGAGUGGAUGCCAUCCUCGAUUGCGUUUCGGGGGCUGCUUGCCUUGAUGAUGGUCCCUUUACACCAUCUGGUCCCCCUCUCCCAUCGUCGAGUGACACAGACGAGACCACCAUCACGAAUGACCUGGACUCAAAUACCACUAUCAAGGCUGAGGAGAACUUGAAGGCCAUGUCAUUUUGGGGCGUCUUUCGCGAAGAUGGACCCAAGCUGUACGCCGAAGUGGCUACAGGUCGAAAAGUCGCUGUACCUACUGACGUCGGUAUCAAGGCGACGCUGAUCUUCUCAAGAAUGAUUUUGGAUCAACCCGAUGGUGAGCGCGCACUUCAAGAGUUACCGGCGCUGAUUGAAUCAGGAAAGUUCGUAUUUCCGCACCCGGGAGGAGUCAGAGUUGUGGGCAAGGGGCUGGAGAGCGUCGCGCCGGGAUUGGCGGAAUUGAGAGAGAGCGGCGGUGGGAUGAAGUUUAUUGUUGAGUUGUAG